CUCCGCUCAAAAUUGCCAGCCGCUUCGACACUCCCAGCAUGCAGCUUGGCCACUUUGAACGACCCCAUUCAAGACUGAGUGACAGUGUGAUCGGCCACGUACUGCCACGUGGGCGACCAAGACACACGACAGGCGAUGCAGGUCUUCAGACUCCAUUGGAGACAGCACUACGUACAGCCCCGGCCUUUCAGGACUCCGCAAGAAGACCGGGUCGUUUGACCAGUACGUCGAGGGGUGGCGCUGCUACGAGACCCUUGUCCGACGCCACCCAGGUUGCCCUCUGUUAUGCUGACAAGACGAUGCGAGCGCCAGUAGACAAUACAAGACUGUUCGACCUUAAGCGUCUUCGAGACGUCGAGGAGAUGGACAAGUUCGAGAAACUUGAGAUCAAGAAGGCCAUCCGACGCGAGCAGUGCCGAAACAACCAGGCACGCUACCGUGACCGACAACGCGCCCUGCAAAGGCGAAUGCAACACGAGGUGCAGCAGUUGCAUGAAGAAGUGCAAGGACUGAAGCUAAAGCGCCAACGUCUACGCUUCAAGGAAAAAACCAACCGCAGUGCGUGGAGUAUCGUGAGCGACGUGUUUCGCCUGCUGGAAACCGGUUUCCGCUCUCCGUGGUACAUGACGAAUACAGAUGAAAUGAUGAAGCAUACUGAAACGAGGCAGAUUCUGACCGAGUUACAGAAGGCGUUCGAGCACGACGUGGGUAUGGGAGCGAGUCGAGGAACUAGUUCCUGGUGUUGUGACGGCUACCGCCCGGUUCAAAUUGACGGUGUCGGAAUUCACACUGCGCUGUGUGUUUCCGCACCUGGAGAAGCCGAAGAAUGGGGGUGA